AUGUGUAUACGUCACGAAAGCGAUCUCUGUGACGCGCUGCGAUAUGAUGACGUCACCGGAAUGUGUGAAAUCAUGUGUCGCCUAACGUUCGGUGGAAUAACAUGGCCGAUGGGCGAUUUUAACCAAAGAACGUACCUGAAGAAUCCCAAGAACAUGGCUGUGAUGGACAUAACAUCUUGUGGCCAAUUCUGGUUUACUCACGGGAGCUACUGCUAUAAAGCAGUGUCCUCUCUUCAGACCUGGGCAGACUCUAGAGACAACUGUCGCUCAUUGGACGCGGAGCUGGCUUCCGUCACAGACGUAUGCGAGAACGCUUUUCUCGUUGGGUUUUUGACGUCACUAGAAUGGGAAACGAAGUAUGUGUGGCUGGGCGGAAAUGACGCCAUUGAGCAGGGCACGUGGACCUGGCUUAGUCGGGAACCGUUCGUAUUUUCGGCUUUUGGGACCGGACAGCCGGACGAUACAUCAGACCAAGAUUGUUUGUCCAUGGAAGCACGGUUUGGUUGGAGGGAUCUUCCUUGUUCUCAGUCAAGAAGAUCCUUGUGCAAGAAGAGGGCGAAAUGA